AUGGUAAGUGUGGCCACUUGUGGCUUCCACACUUUUUUUAUCUUUUUCUUGGUGGUUCAUAAUGAGCGGCAUUGUUUUCUUAUUUACUUCUUUUUCGUUGCUGGUGUGCUGAGCCCACCUCUUUCAUCCUUUUCGAACAAAGGGGUAUACGUUUUAGGGAUGGGACGGGGUUUUGGCAGGGGAUCGAGGGUUGCAAUUGUGACACAUGCUCAAUUGAAAACUGCGGGCAAAAAGACUCCACGUGGCCUUCGUGGGUCGAGACAGAAGAAGCGCAGGCGUUUUCAACAGAAACAUGACGAGCAGAGGAAGUUAGAAGAAUCUCUGGGAAUGAAACCAACAAGUAUUCCCAAGAGCGAGAAACCUUUGUCCCAGCAGGUGGCAAGUAUCCAAUUUCCUCAUGUUGUGAAUAAACGACAAAAGGGCUUCAGGCAGCUAAGGCGACAGAUCGUGGAUAAAGUAAAGGACCUAAGGCGUAGGCACGCAGAGAAGAAAAAGAAGCAAGCAAUGAAGAGUACCAAUUCAUCUAAGCAUUAA